CACUUCUUUGGGGAGUAAUAAUGUCAAACAGAGAAGCAGAGGAAAUGAUCUGUGUUUGCCUUUUCGCCAGACUCUUCUGUUUCGAACUAACUUCAGGGUUCCAGUGAGAGGGGAAGCUGGUGACCGGGAGGGAAGCCACGAGGCUGCGCGACAAGUUCAGAGGGGGAGCGAGAGAGAGAGAAAAAGGGAUUUGGCUCACUAUUUUUAAAUGUAUGAUUUGGAAAAGGGGGCGUGGACGUUAUUGGAGCGCCAGCAGCUGAGACAGAGAGCGUGUUGGUUCUUGGCUGCAGCUCCAGAGUAGUGAUGUGCCGGUUGGAGGAGGAACUGGACUGAGGGUAGGCUCAGCGCUUUAGACGCAGAUCCUCUGCAAGCUUUUUUUUUUUUUAUGUUUGUUUGUGAGAAAUUGAAGACCACUCGGCUCCCCCUUCGGCUUCUCAGUGGAUUUAUUUCUAUUUUCUUUGCCGGUGGUCGACACAGAGAAAGGACUCGAAGAAAACAGUAGGAGCUGUUGAAGCCGUGCUUUGCCGUGCGUAACGGAUGAAAUCUGAUUUCGUAGCUGUUUGAAUGACAGCACUUGGAGACAUCUGAUUGUUUAAGGUAAAGCCUUGUUGCGCACAACAAACCACGCUGGCACGGGCAAAACAAUCUUUGAAACUCAAAAGCGAGUGGAUUUUGAAAGCUGCUUCGUAUGAAUGUAUUCCUAAAUAUUGAGAAGUACUGCUGGUUUUGAUGAUUUUAAUAUGGCAGCCCAAUCUUUUGGCAAGGAUAAUCUACGAAGUGCUUAAUACAAUUCUUUACGCCACUGAGUCUUAGAGUUAAAGUCACGGUCAGUGCCUGACUGAGAAUGCGUUUGAAACGCAGAACAGGAAAGUAAGGGCCACCUGAGUUUUCUCAAUACAGCCAAAAUGACAAGCAGCGGACCUGUCAUUGUCUUCGAGUGGCUUAAGACACUCCAGCUCUCGCAGUACGUAGAGUCCUUCGUGGAUAAUGGCUACGACGAUCUAGAAGUUUGCAAACAAAUAGGAGAGCCCGACCUGGACGCCAUCGGGGUCUACAUCCCUCACCACAGACAGAGGAUCCACGACGCGGUGAGAAGGCUGAAGGAGGAAGCCAAAGACACGGCCAGCGGUCUGUACUUCACCCUUGAGCCGAUGCCACCCGCGACAGAGAUUUACACGGGUCACACGGUGGAGCAUGAGUCCAAGCUGCGGGGAUCCAGGUCUUGGACAGAGCCCAACAGUGACCGAAUCGGGCGUAAUGGUGGCUACAUGGGCGCACAGAGAAACCUGACGCUGGGCAACAGGAGGGAGCUGGUGAUGUACCCCAAGCUGAAGCUGAAGAUCAUGAUCAGGGAUAGACUCAUCAGAGAUGGCAUCAAUCUCGCAAGACCGCCCUACUCUAAUAAGGAUGGCUCUUUGGGUAACAUAGACGACCUUGCCCAGGAAUACUCUGAGUACUACAACACCUGCUUCAGUGACGUCAGCGACCGGAUGGAAGAGCUACGCAAGCGCCAAGUCUCCCAAGAGCUGGACAUGGAAAAGCAAGACCCAAGCAGCACAUCUCUCCAGCUGCGCAAUGAGAUCCAGGAAUCUCUUGGCUUCAGCAGUGAGAUGUCCACUCCUGAAACGGACAGGAAGAUGCCUCUGCACAAGUCCAGUUCUGAAGAUGGAUCUGGAGGUAAAUGGGACAAUAAGAAGAAAAACAAAUCUUUUUGGCAGAACUUCCGCAAAUCUCAGCACAAACCGGUGGCCCGACAGUCAUCCAAAGGAGAAGAUAUCGGCUAUGUGGCCAGCGAAAUCACAAUGAGCGAUGAAGAGCGGAUUCAGCUGAUGAUGAUGGUUAAAGAGAAAAUGAUCACUGUAGAAGAAGCUCUGGCUCGGCUGAAGGAGUAUGAGCGCAGCAAACAGUCCAGCAGUACUGACACUGCAGAGUGGACUGAAGGAUCUGCAGCCAAUCUAAACCUGUCCUCAAAUUGCAAUUCCCGCGAACAAUCGGAUGACGAGCAAUCUGAGGACUCUGUGAAGUUCAAAAGGCUUCACAAACUGGUCAAUUCAACACGGCGAGUCAGAAAGAAACUCAUCAAGGUGGAAGAGGGCAAAAAACAUUCCCCUGAAGGUUUUCUGAAUCUGGAAACUCCCUCCUGUGAGGACAACACAGCUCUGUAUACCGGAGUUCUGAAGAAGCCCCCUUUGCCUCAGGAGGCGUCUCUGCCAUCCCUUAUCCACGACCAACUCUCUCUGGAUGGAGACACAGACAGUUUGACAACAUCCCCUUCAUCCAGCAGUCUGGACACCUGGUCUGGACACAAGCUAGUGAAAACUUUUAGUAAGUCUUCCAGCACCCACGGUCUCAUCAGGCCCCCAAGGAGAACUGCAGCCGGCUCCAGGGACCUGGGGGGGUCCAUCUCUGGUGUCGCAGGAAGCGGCUCUUCCUUCUCAGAACUUGAUGGAUGUGGACUUGACGACGACGGAAAGCUGUCACGCUCCACGACAGACAGCGAGAUGAGGAAGGCGCUGAGCUCCAUAUCCCACGGGGUAAGUAACAACGAAGCCCUUUACGCCUUCUAUGGCCUCACCAAACCUCGCCCCAAACCCCAUUCCCAGUCCCGUCUCCUGAUUUCCCUGGAUGACGGCCAGCAAGGCAGUCCCAAACAUCAACCCUCCAACCGCCACCAUGGCAGCUGGACCCACCGGAAACCUGACCCCAACUACGCUUACUCCACCAAGCACCUCCUGUACCAGCGCUCACGCAGUGCCAAGUCCCCUAUCUCCCCCCUUUCUGUCACUCCCUCCUCUCCCGUCCGCUGUGAUGUAACAAAGUCAAAGGGUUUCGGGACCGGAGGCGGGGGCUGGGUAUUCCCUCCCCGGAGACUGCGAGGCCGAACCGCAGUCAGCGAGCUGAACAUCACCUACGUUGUAGAGCGAAGCCUGUAUGGUCACCUGAACUGGGCCCAGCUGGUGCGCCCAGUUACCCUCAGCCGCGCUGAGCGCCGCUGUCUGCUUGAGGAGGACCGCGAGGUGGACAGGAAGUGGGCGGCUAGCGUGGACCGCUGCACCAAGCGUGUGCUCUUGCGCAUCCAGCAGAAGUCUAGAACAUGCAGCUUCGGGGGCUUUGACCUGUCCAACCGUUCUCUUCAUGUGGUCAACGCAGCCUCCGAGGCCAAUAAUAAGGAACAGGAGGCAAUAUACAGAGAGGUGGUUAAAUCUCCCAACACCACACGGAUCUCCCUGGGCAAGAAAGUCAAGUCGGUGAAGGAGACGAUGAGGAAACGCAUGUCGAAGAAGUACAGCAGCUCGCUGUCUGAGCAGUCCAGUCCUGAUGGAGCCCCUGGUUCCCCACAGUCUCCUCUGCCAGACACCGACUCCUUGGAGAAACCCAAACUGAAGGCUGGAGGCUCCGUGGAAAGCCUGCGCAGUUCACUCAGUGGCCAGAGUUCAAUGAGUGGUCAGACAGUGAGCACCACUGACUCAUCAGCCAGCAACAGAGAGAGCGUGAAGUCGGAGGAUGGAGAUGAUGAAGAGCCGCCUUACAGGGGACCGUUCUGCGGCCGCGCUCGAGUCCACACCGACUUCACUCCCAGCCCCUAUGACACCGACUCCCUUAAACUGAAGAAAGGGGAUGUGAUUGACAUCAUCAGUAAGCCCCCCAUGGGAACAUGGAUGGGUCUGCUCAACAACAAAGUUGGCACCUUCAAGUUCAUCUAUGUGGAUGUGCUGAGUGAGGAAGAAGAGAAGCCUAAGAGGCCCAUUCGUAGGAGGAGGAAGGGCCGACCUCCCAAGCCCACAUCAGUGGAGGAGCUGCUGGACCGGAUAAACCUCAAGGAGCACAUGCCCACGUUUUUGUUCAACGGCUACGAGGACCUGGACACGUUCAAGCUGCUGGAGGAGGAAGACCUGGAUGAGCUGAACAUCAAAGAUCCUCAGCACAGAGCUGUGCUGCUUACAGCUGUGGAGCUGCUGCAGGAGUAUGACAGCAGCAGUGAUCCAGAGCGCAGCGGAUUGUCAGGUUCCCAGGAGAAGCUGCUGUCAGAGGGCCGAGGCCUUGUGGGGGACUCCCCGAGGGAUUCAGGUUGCUAUGAGAGCAAUGAAAAUCUGGAAAAUGGGAAAAACAGAAAAGCAUCCCGUUCCAGUCGCUCUUCAGCGGGUAUGCAGUCUCCAGACUACCCUACACUGCCUAUGACUCUUUCUACUGAGGCUCUGCAACAGAAUAGCAAAAACCAGCGAUCAAAGUUCCCUAAAAGUUUCUUCAUCAAGCCUUCCCUGAAGGGCUUCAACUUACUGGGACUCCGCAAAACACAGAAACACUCCCCCAUCCCGGCUAGCCGCAGUUGUGAGGACCUUGAUGGUCUCCCACAGCCGUCUGGACUGUGGAAACGUUCUCACUCUUUGGGAGACCUACACAACCUUCAGCAGAAGGAUGAUCUGAAUGUUGUGGUUAAAACAGCAAAGGACGUAGCCAACAGCCCAGUCAAGGUCUACAGGGAGGAGCGUUCUCCAACCCAUAAAAGGACACCGGCAGUAAGUCCUAAAGGAAGGUCUGUUAGACCACCCAUACCCUCACAGCUUCCUCUCCGCUACCAGUGUCCAACAGUCCAGCCUCCCAAACUUCCAGAGCCUCUUUCUAGUCCCACUCCAAGUCCUCCUGAUUCUAGUGCUAGUGGGGAAAGGAUCAUCCUGACACAUCCCAAAAAGCCUCCCAUUCCACCUCCUGUUCCUGCCAAAAAAUCCAGAGAAAGACUAGUCAAUGGAGUUCGUCACCCGUCCCUCUCCCUGCCGUCCUCGCCGUCCCCCACCGCCUCACCCACACACUCAGUCAAUCGUUCCCAACCGAGUAGUCCCUUAAUCCGCAGCAGCAGCCCAAGCCCUGUCCUCAGCGCCCCAGCUCUCCCUGCUAAGACCCUCAGUCCUCCUCCUAGUCCAUGUGCCACUUCAUCGGCAUCAUCUACAGGGGAAGAUUCAGGCUCCCCACCAGCAGUGCAACCUCCCUGGCUGUCAGAUCUUGGAGGUAAAAUGGCUGUGACAAGGAAGCUCUCUCACACUAAGAUGAGUCCUGAUCUGCACACCCUUCUGGAGCAACGACUGCAGGCUGAGAGCAUUGAUCUGACAGAGGAGCCUUACUCUGACAAGCACGGCCGAUGUGGCAUUCCACAGGCACUGAUCCAGCGUUACUCAGAGGACUUGGAGCAGUCAGUCAAAGACGUGGCCUCCAGCAUGGACCAACUCAGAGUGAAAGAACUACGAAAACAGCACCGCAUGGCUAUCCCCUCCAGAGGUUUGACAGAGAUGUCCCGGAAACCCGUUAACUUGGGCAACAUCAGCACAGUAUUUGAUUGGCUUGUUUACAUUGGUCUUCCCAUGUACGGCCCAUCUUUGGCGGCAGCGGGCGUUGACACGCUGAGUCGCGUGGCCUUGCUAACAGAGAGCAGCCUGAGGGAUGCCGGGGUGCGGGACGAGAGGCACACACGCCGCCUUAUCAGCGAGGCCCGACUGGUCAAUACACACAGAGGAAUGCAGUCCUAAUCUCAACAAUCGCUGUUUCAAAACAUGACCUGGAGGUGGCCACACAUCUAAGUGAGCACAGCACUAAAGUACAUUCAAAAAGAGCUAUCCCUUCUUUAAUGUUUACGGUGUUAAGAGCGAAGAGAAGAUAUAAGAUGCCUUUAGAAAAAUAAAUCAAGACUGACUACUCUGUUGGUUUUCUUCCAUUCUAAGGACAUUUCUAAAGUCUUCAAUUACAGAUUUUGAUCUGCCUUUAAGAACGAUAGCACACUCUUUGUAAGAUUAAAAUUAUUUUCUUUCUUCCUUUUUUGCUAAACUAUGUAAAUGGUUUACUUCCUACAUAUUCCAUAGCUGAACCAUUUUUUCAUUUUUUUACAGCAAGGCAGGUCAAAGUCUGAAUGAAUGAACCCACACCAAACAGUGGAUUACAGGUGGCUUAUUUUGUACCAUGUUUCUGUAUUAUAGCACAAAGUACAACUAAAUUCCAAAAGGAUUUAUAUGUUUAAUUUUGUGUUUGCUUUUGAAAGGUAGAAGCCCUGUUUCAGGCCUGCUUGUAGUCAUUUGAAAAAAAUUUUUAAACAAAUGAUGUCUUUAUAUUUCAACCUUUAUGAUACAUCUUUUUUCAAGGCAUACCAUGGUGUGUGGUGAGUCUUGCAGAAAGCUUUGUUUGCUGCAGUAAUCACAAUCAGCUUUUACUGAAAGUACAUUCCUCAAUGUGGAAAGGGACACUUGAAAUUGCCUUACCAAUAUGAAUGAAUAGCUACAAGAAGCUGUGCAAAAACAUGCAGGGCUUUUUCUCCAUCUGAUUGUGUCUGUCAAGAAAACUUUUUAUACAUAUAUACAGUAUAUACACAAUUACUUUGGUGGUGCACAUGGACCAAAGAACAAGACGAGAAGUCGCCCAAUGUUGACUCUCCCUGGACCAUGUUGGAAUACAUUGAAAGUACAUCUUGCUAAAGAAAAACAAAGAUUCAGCUGAGAUCUUAGCCAUCACAUGUGGAAUCCACUGGUCUGUCUACACAUUGGUGAGCACAUUCAGGAAUUAAAGCUCUUGAGGAGUAUUGUCAAACGUUUAAUCAGUGCCGGCACAGGAUUGGACCCUUGCCAUGCAAAGAUGGGAAUAAACUGUCAAGCAAACUGUCUCAAAAUUCAGGGACCUUCUGAGAGGAGUCAGACUGUUGGAACGUUAUUGAGAAGAAAAUAACUAAGAACAUUGGGUUGUGCAUUCUGCAUGAAAUUGAGCAAACAAAUAUUCCCCCGGUGCAUUUCUCACGUGUUUAAAAUCAUAUCUCUCGUUGCCAGUACUGGACUGAAGACUUAUUCCAUCCGUUUGUUUCGUUUAUAAACUCUGACCAGCUGCUGUUGCUGAGCUUGUUUCUGCAACUGGCACUUGAUGUGGUUAUUUGAUGCCUUCUUCUCUCAUCAAUCAAAGUGGUGCUCUGGGAAAGUGAGGAUGGAGUCACAGUUUAAACAAGUAAGACCCAGGAAGCGUUCUGUAAAAGAAUGAAAAUACUGACACUGUAAAUGCACUUUAGAUGGUUAAACUAGCGGUUUUAUAGGUAAGAUUGGCUACAUAUUUUCACAGGUCUCCAUAUGGACAUGAAUGUCAGGUAUUGUAAAGGGUUUUAAUGAGUUAUGCUGGUAUGUUUUUUUUUUUUUUUUGUAUUAAGUUCCCAAUGCCAAUUUACCAACCAUGUGUUAACCUCCAGUUACUCAUUUUCAGCUUUCAGUCUUACAAAACUAAAUUCUUGAUACAUGAAAUGCUUUGCCGAAGUUGCACAUUCUCUAUGUGUAAUUGAUGUUGUAUUAAUAACUUAUUUCUUGUUUUUUAUUCAUAUCAACUGUAAUUAGGUGUAUCAUAUAAAUAGCAAUACCUUCCUGCACAUUGCUCAGUAAGGAACUACAGUAUGUAUUGUAAAAUACGUGUACAAAUGAUUUCAUUUGGUUUUCGUCUACUUAAUGAUUGUCCAUACAGAUUUUGCUUGUGUAAUGAAACAACAAAAAGUAAUGUCCAUAACUAUUUGUCUUUCCGAAAUAUAAAUAAUAAAUUGUUUCUUGCUAUACAUUGA